AUGACUGAGCCUCAAGAGACCUGGGAUCGAGUCCUUCCUCUGAUUGGCUAUGUGACCAUGACACAUUGUCCUGUGGCCCCUUCGGCAAAGGCUCAAGUCCGCUUAUCAGAUGCCGUCGGGCUUCUCUGCCCCACCCUUCGGACGUCCAGUGGGCUCAACCCCAGGACUCUGGGCCUCCAGGGCUGGAGCAGGUCAGAACAGGACCUGUGGUCAUCUGUUUUGGAGAGCGGUCAGCAAAGGGUAGAGCUGGGAAGUCCACUGCGGGCAGCCCGAGGGGUCCUGAAGGAGCCGCCACAGGAGAUCCAGAGGCGGGAGAAAGCCCUGGAGCUCAACCAAAUGAAGUGGGAGCUGCUUGACCUGAGGCAGGAGCAGGUGGAAAGCUCCCUCAUUCGCCUGGAGUGGGAGAGAAGAGAAUUAGAGAUGUCCAGAAGACAAGAGCAAUGGCAGGACAGGGAGCUACACAGCAAAAUCCUACGUCUGCAGACAGAAGUGCAGAAGGUCAAGUUGUGUUUGGACAGAAUGAGCCAACAGUCAUCGUUUCUGGAGGACCCCCAGGAGAAGUCAGAGAUGAAUGAUCCAGGAAAGGAACGAAGCUCUGAUGCCAAUGAGACUCUAGAGGGUGAAGAAGUUCCACUUGAGGGUCCAACGGCCUCUAUCCCACAAGAGUCCCAGGAAAUGAUCCUUCUUCAAGAACAGCUGGUGACUAUCAAAGAGAUGAAUAAGGACCUCUCCUUAGAACUGGCCCAGAGCCACCAGCGUCUAAGGAUCUAUUUAGACCAGCUGGACCAGCUGCAGACAGAGAAGAAGAUUUCCCACAGCCAGAUCCAAGUCCUAGAGACUGAGAGGGACCAGCUGGUGGGAGAGAACUUGGUCCUAUUGUCUGUGCUUCAGGGACUCACACCAGCUCCCUGGCAAAAUGGUGAGGCUAGUAGAGAUCCUCACUUCCUGGAGUUGGCAACUUCCCAGCAGGAGCCAGAAGAGGAAGCAUUGUGCUCCAGGACCCACCAGGAGGUAGUUCAGUAUUGGAAAGCUCGAUGGCAUCAGGUGGCAAAUGAGCUGAAAUCCAAGGAGGAGGAACUGGAGAUGAUCCAGAGGCAGAGGAGAAGCUGGUCAUGCCAGAUCCCCUGGAUCCAAGAGCUUCUUGUAGGGGAAGAGGAAGACCUCAAUAAGUUGAAAGAUGCUGUGGGCAGGGCAAAAGAGGAGACCAACAAGCUGGAAGAUAUCCAGCUGGUGAAGUUGUAUCAACAUCUUUCUUCUGGGGAAGACUCCGGCUCACUAACAGGGAAGGUGGAGUGUCAGAGAGAUCUUCCCAGAAACAGGCUGGAAAUACUGGAGCAGGAAAAUGCCCAGAUGGCCCUGGUGAUUCAGAGGUGGAAGCUGGAGAAGGGGCCAACACUUCAGAUAGAGCUGGAUGCCUGCAAGCAGGAGCUGGAACUAGAACGAAACUUGUGCCUGGCCCUGCAGCAUCAGCUUCGGGAGCUGCAAGGUGGUGGGGCUCAGCAGAGGGCAGAGCCCCCACAAGCAGUGCCAGGGCCAGGGCCAUGCCCCCCAGGGACCUCAAAGAGGAUGGAAGUUGAACCCCAGCGAGACACGCGCCAGUCCAGAGCAGAGCCUCCAAGGCCCCUGCAGGAGCUUCUAGGAUCUUCCUCAGGAAGUCCGCAGGUGCCCAAACUGCCUGGGCCAUUUCAGAGAGACAGCCAAGGGGGUCAGGGAGCAGGAGCUCCUGGGCCCUUGUCGGAGGCAGAAAUCUUAAGACAGCAGCUGCAGACAGAGAGAGCCUUGGGGCAAGAGCGGGAGCAGUACCUUCAGAGCCUCACCUCAGAACUUCAGGAGCUGAAGCUGAGGAAAUCAGAGGAGACCAAGGCUUCUCUGCUCACCACCCAGGACUGUGGACAGCAACAGCCAGAGACGGCUGAGUACCAGCUCAUGGCGUGCAGGAGCGAGAACCUGAGGUUGGAGCGCCUCGUGUCAUCUCUGCAACAGAAGCUGGAGGAGACGGAGCGGGCCCUGAAGGAGCCCCAGACACCGAGGGCCUCUGAGCAGGGGGAGCUGGAGAUGACGCCCUCCUCCCUGCUUAAGAAACUCUCUCUGAACUCCCGCCUGGGCUCCAGUCAGUUGGCCCCAGAAGACCUGAAGAGGGGACCCCGAACUGGCUGGGAGGGGGUUCCCCAGGGCCACUGCCCCCAUUGUAAUGCCUUUCUGGAACAGCUGGGUGCCAUGCUUCAAGCUUUUGGCCCCGGGGUACCUCCAGGUUGGGCAGCAUCUUCAAGACCAGCAGAGGAGAAGGCGAAGGCUGUGGGACCGCUUCAGAAAGCCGUGGAGGGUCCCACCAAGCAUGGCCCAAGGGGGGGCCGAGCUCCCCGGAGUGACCUGAAGGACAUCGAUCGGGUUAAAGAGCAGCACCGACUGGUGACAGCACAGUUGCAGGAUCUGUUUGGGGAGAGGCGAGAAAGGCCCGGCAGGGCUGGACAGCCCCCCAGAGAGUGGCCGGAGGGGAGCUCCGGGGACCAGGGGGCCAAGAAGCCCCAAGUGGAGCAGCUAAACUGAGGUUCUGCUGGCACUCUCGGGAGCCUGACAGCCUUCCUCACUUCGGUUUGCCAGGGUUCCAGUUCUUCUGGGACACGUGGAAGGACCCUUUGCCUUCAGCCCUGGGGCUUUUUCCUUCACGAAUCCUUCGGAAAAGAAUACUAUCUAUUCGUGUAUCCUCUUCAUAUUGACGAGGCACUUUCUUCAUUACAACUUGGUGGGAGAGAUGGUUUUACCAUUUUCCAGAUAAGGAAACUGAGGCAAACAGAGGUUAAGUGACUCACCCAGGGUCACCCAGCUAGUAAGAGUCUGAUCCGAAUCGGCGCUGGGGCCAUCAGAACUCCCAAGUGCAGAGCUCUUCGUGUGAUCCCUCAGCCCCUUCUGAAAUGUUCCGCUCUCUUGACCCCGGCACAAGGAUCAUAGAAAUGGAAAUUGAAGGCUCAAAGGGAGCUCCGCAACUGGGAAAGACUUCGCUACUCUCAGCAGGACAGCGAUCCAGGACAACUCUGAAGGAUUUACAGCACGGAACGCUAUCUAUCCAUCUCCAGAGGAAGGACGCUUGGGGCCAGAAUGCAGAUCCAAGUGGACGGCUUUUCACUGUAGUUUAUCUUGUCAUUUAGGGAUUUGGGUUUUCCAUGAGUGCUCUUCACAAGACCAAGAGAGAAGCCUAUUUUGCAUAAUAAUACACAUAUAACCCUCACCAAAUUGCUUUUCCUCUCCGAGAGGGGAGAGAAAGAGAGGGAGGGAGGGAGACAAUAUGGAGCUUGUCCCUUUGGAAAACACAUGUUAAAAGUUGUUAUUGCAUGUAAUUGGAAAAAUAAAAUAUCUUUGAAUGAAGAGAGAGAGAGAUCUCUGUUGGACCCAUCACCUCCUUUUGCAGCUGAGGAAUCUGAGACUUUAGAGAGGGUCAUUGAUUUG